AUGGCUGGAGAUGAGAGGAAAGAAAGAGCACACGGUCGAUCCCGGUCGACAUCGCUGAACAGUACACAUACUGGAUCGCAUCUCUCCCGGACAGAAUCGCCGGAAACACAGCGCUCGCGGAGCUUCAGGCUCGCGUCGAUAACGAGGACCAGGUCAAAGUCUCGACCUCGCAGUCCGAAUCUUGACAGGGUGUACUCGGGCAGACAUCUCGAUGAUCAUUCUAUCUACCACAGCGAUGACGAUGCUCGUGUCGAUGAGGAGAGAGAUUCCCCGUUACACAGUGACGAUGAGAAACAAGUAUCGCCCGUGCUCGAAGUGAGAGGAGGAAUUCUGACUGAACGGGAUACUGAUCUCGAAGCGGGGACCCAGAAUGAUGCUGGGCUGGAGAAAUCGCGAUCCGCAAAGUCCGAUCGGCGAGACCCAAAACUGGUGACCUGGGAUGGUCCAGAUGACCCUGAGAACCCCAAGAACUGGCCGGACAAGAAGAAAUGGGCCGCUGUCAUCACGGUUUCUCUCUUCACUUUCAUCUCCCCCGUCUCAUCGUCAAUGGUGGCACCUGCACUGCCAUCCAUUGCCGGCGAAUUUCAGAUCGGGGAUCAAGUCACAUCGCAACUUACCCUUUCUAUUUUCGUACUCGCCUAUGCUGUCGGCCCACUUUUCCUUGGGCCGCUUUCCGAGAUCUAUGGACGAGUCAUCGUUCUGCAGCUGGCGAACUUGUUUUAUCUCGUCUUCAACAUCGCCUGCGGUGUCUCGCAAACCAAAGGCCAGAUGAUUGCUUUUCGAUUUUUAUCUGGAUUGGGUGGUAGUGCUCCUCUGGCUGUGGGUGGAGGUGUUCUUUCUGACUGCUUCAGGCCAGAAGAGCGAGGCAAAAGUGUUGCAAUUUACAGUCUUGCUCCGCUCCUUGGCCCAGCUGUCGGUCCUGUUGUCGGCGGCUUCAUCUCUGAAAAUACUACCUGGCGAUGGGUGUUCUACGCCACCUCCAUCGCAGACGGAGUCAUUCAGUUUGCCGGACUAUUCUUCCUACGCGAGACAUACGCGCCCAAAAUUCUCAAGAGCCGGGCGGAGAAGAUGCGGAAAGAGACAGGAGAUCCCGCAUACCAGACAGAAACCGAGCGACAGAACAAAACUCUUCCCCAGACGAUGCGGACUGCUCUCGUCCGACCAUUCCGCCUGUUAUCCACACAGCCCAUCGUGCAAGUGCUCGCUAUCUACAUGGCCUUCAUCUACGGGACCAUGUAUCUCGUCCUCUCGACCUUCAGCGCCCUCUGGACAACAGUCUACCACGAAUCCACCGGCAUCGGCGGCCUGAACUACAUCUCUCUUGGCCUGGGCUUCUGGCUGGGCUCCCAGAUCUGCGCACCCCUGAACGACCGCAUCUACCGGCACUUCAAAGCGGGCAAUGACAACGUUGGGAAACCCGAGUUCCGCGUCCCAUUGCUGUUCGUGGCCGCCCUCCUGACGCCGGCCGGACUGUUCAUAUACGGCUGGACCGCGCAGGCCCGCUCCCACUGGAUCGCGCCCAACAUUGGCGCCUGCCUCUUCGGCGCGGGUAAUAUCAUUGCGUUCCAGUGUAUCCAGACCUAUCUGGUGGAUACGUACACACGUUUUGCUGCUAGUGCACUCGCCGCAGUGGCAUUUCUACGAUGCCUGUGUGGGUUCGGGUUUCCGCUUUUCGCGCCUUACAUGUAUAACGCACUUCACUAUGGCUGGGGGAAUAGUCUGCUGGCAUUUGUAUCUAUUGUGCUGGGGAUCCCGGCGCCUAUCUUCCUGUGGAAGUAUGGGGAGGCUUUGCGGAAGCGGAGUCCGUAUGCCGCGGGCUGA